UGUAAGGGUUGAGGGAGGUUUGGUAGCUAGUUAGAUGGCAGGUUAGAGGAGUAGAUAUUACAAAACAGAAAAAAGGGGGGGAAACAGCAAAAGUUGGAAAUGUGUGAGCCUGUAUUUCUCUGCUUAACUGGAAGUAACUUUUUGUAAGUGAAUUUAUUUGCUGGUGCUGCUUUUUGCUCUCCCUAACCUUCUGUGAGGACAAGAGGUUCUCACACUUUUAACAAGAAUUUAUAUUCCCCCUGAGUGGAGUGCCUUUGACUUUUCACCAUGAGAAGACUGUGUAUGUCUUUAGUUUUCUUACAGCUGAUUGGGGCUUGUGUAAGCCAGUUUCCUCGCCCUUGUGCCACUUCAGAAGGACUGCGGACCAAAGAGUGCUGUCCAUUGUGGGAUGGAGAUGGCUCAGCCUGCGGUGCCCUGUCAGGCCGCGGUUUCUGCACAGAUGUGGUCAUUUCAGACGAGCCACAUGGACCCCAGUACCCUCACAGUGGGAUCGAUGACAGAGAGCGUUGGCCUUUAGCUUUCUUCAACCGGACGUGCCGCUGUGCUGGAAACUAUGGAGGUUUUAACUGUGGCGAGUGUAGGUUUGGUUACUGGGGUUCAAACUGUGCUGAGUACAGGGAAUCAGUGCGCAGGAACAUCCUGACUAUGUCGACUGCUGAACAGCAGAAGUUCAUCUCCUAUCUGAACCUGGGUAAAAACACCAUCAAUCGUGACUAUGUCAUUGCCACUGGCACAAGGGCACAGAUGGGAGAAAAUGGUGAGAACCCCAUGUUCUCUGAGAUCAACACCUAUGACCUUUUUGUGUGGAUGCACUACUAUGUGUCCCGAGAUGCCCUCCUGGGAGGACCAGGGAAUGUAUGGCAAGAUAUCGAUUUUGCUCAUGAAUCUGCAGCAUUUCUGCCCUGGCACAGAGUCUUCCUGCUUCACUGGGAGAAUGAGAUCAGGAAGCUAACAGGAGAUUUUAAUUUCACCAUCCCAUACUGGGACUGGAGGAACUCCCAGACCUGUGACGUGUGUACCGAUGCCUUGAUGGGUGGACGCAACUCCCUUAAUCCCAACCUCAUCAGCACUGCCUCUGUCUUCUCAUCAUGGAAGGUUAUCUGCACCCAGUCAGAGGAGUAUAACAGCCGAGAAGCAUUAUGUAAUGCCACGGGGGAGGGUCCAUUGUUACGUAAUCCCGGCAACCAUGAUACCAAUCGUGUGCAACGACUUCCCAAUUCAGAUGAUGUGGAGUUCGCUGUGGGCCUCCCCGAGUACGAGACAGGACCCAUGGACCGAUUUGCCAACAUGAGCUUUAGAAAUGUCCUAGAGGGUUUUGCAAGUCCGCAGACGGGUAUGGCCGUGUCAGGCCAGAGCACCUUGCACAACGCCUUGCAUAUGUUCAUGAACGGUUCCAUGUCAUCAGUACAGGGUUCAGCUAAUGACCCAAUAUUCCUGCUACAUCAUGCUUUCAUUGACAGUAUCUAUGAGCGCUGGCUCAGGAACCACCAGCCUCCACGAAACAGCUACCCACGCACCAAUGCCCCUAUUGGUCACAAUGAUGGCUAUUAUAUGGUUCCCUUCCUGCCUCUUUAUAGAAACGGAGAUUAUUUCCUGUCCAAUAAGGCUCUUGGAUAUGAAUAUGCCUAUCUGUUGGACCCAGGUCAGAGGUUUGUUCAAGAGUUCCUGAACCCCUACCUCCAGCAGGCACAACAGAUCUGGCAGUGGCUCGUGGGUGCCGGGAUUCUGGGAGCUCUGAUUGCUGCAAUCAUCGCAGUAAUCAUUGUUUUUGCAAGACGGAAAUGGAAGCGCAAUCAGAGGAAGAAGAGAGCAUCAAGCUACGGGGAGAGACAGCCAUUACUGCAUAGCAGCUCAGAGGAAGGAUCAUCUUCAUAUCAGACCACUCUGUAACACAGGUACUGCACAACCCUGUGAUGGUUAUGAAGCCAAUUAAAAACAAGAAUCUGAUUAUGUUUUUUAAAAUAUAGUCAUGUACAGAUGAGCCAGUGAAGCAACUUUUUAAAAAAAAAGGAAAAUACAGUUCAUCCAAACAAGAAAAAAAAUAUUUACACCUCAGUGUCUUGCAGGUAUCUACUAUGGAAUCAACAGAAAGGAAGUGGGUAGUGGUGAUAGCACUGAUAAAUCACUGAUAUGUUAGCAACAUAGCUGUCCGUGCAGACAGUUACAGGUUUUAAAAAUAACUUUACAUGGGUUUGCAGGAUUUGUCUAAUCUAAUUAGGGUAGACAACAAGAAGCAACCUCCUUUGUAUUAGCGUGAUGGGGACAGGUGAAGCAAACCUUUAAGAUUUGAGACCAUUUAAAAAGAGACUAUGAGCAAACAGCAGGGAGCUGCCACUGGGAGGAUCACCUUAAAAUGUUUUGCAUUCAGUCGGCACACAUUCGGAAUAGAAAAAUUAUUUUGGGAUUCCUUGAGGAAAUAAGGCUCAAAGUAGUUUUUCUGAUGUAGUUUUAACUUCCGGGGUUUUGUGAAAUAUGCAAUAAAUGUAAAAAAUGUACAUUAACCACUGUUGUGAGUUUAGUUUGAGUGGUUAAAAAUAUGAUUUCAGAGAAAACAAUGACUAAAUUUCUAAUGUGCUAAUGUGUGUAUUUGAACUGAUGCUAAAAGACAGCGUGCAGUUUUUCUUGCAAUCCUCUCACAAGCAAAUUAACUGUAGUUGUUACAGUGCUUACAAAGAUGAAUCACGAGUUUGUACAUGCUUCAUUAAAAAUCCAACUUGA